GCAUUCUGGACUCAGGGAUCGAAACCCAAAAUCCGUGUGUUUUGGUCCUCCGGAGCUGCCGUAGCUGUCAUGGCGUUCCUGGCAGGAGCUGUGUUUGCUGUUGGAUUUAUAUGUUUAUUAUUUAUUAUCCGUUUAUAUUAUAUUGUGAAGAAUGGAUCAAACUGUAAACCUGGAUCCAAAGGUCCGGUUGCUGUUCUGGUUGUUGCAGGAUCAGGUGGUCAUACCACAGAGAUCCUGCGGCUGAUGGAGAGCCUGUCUGCAGCAUACACACCUCGACACUAUGUGAUCGCCGACACUGACAGGAUGAGUGAGGAGAAAAUCUGCUCCUUCGAAAGCUCUAAACAGAACUCUGACUCUGAGUCACAGUUCUCCAUCUGUCGGAUCCCACGGAGCCGGGAGGUGCAUCAGUCCUGGAGCUCCUCUGUUAUCAGCACCCUGCAGGCCCUGCGGUUCUCCCUUCCUCUGGUGUUCAGACUCAGACCUGACGUGGUGCUGUGUAACGGCCCGGGGACCUGCGUUCCCCUGUGUGUGGCAGCACUCCUGCUAGGAAUUCUGGGAAUGAAGAAAGUCCUGAUAGUUUAUGUUGAGAGCAUUUGCCGGGUGCAGACGCUGUCGCUCACGGGGAAAAUCCUUUACCCAAUAUCAGACUAUUUCUUCGUGCAGUGGUCCUCUCUCAGAGACAAAUACCCCAAGUCCAUUUUCCUUGGUAGAAUAGUGUGAACACGUCUGUUACGUAUGAAUUCAUCACAGAUAUAUUGCCAUUUUUGCUUUAAUGCUUGUGAAUAAAUGCUCUAUUUUCUACUUGUGUUGAUGCCUUGGUGAGUUGAUAAUCCAUUUCAAUCACAACUGAGCAUCUGCUGAUGAAGACCUUUAAAUGAGGUUAAAAGCCCAGAAAUAGACCUUGAGCCAAGAUAAUCAGUUGAUAAAAACAUGAUUCAUCAACUGUUGUUACUUGUUUUUCAAAUGAAAGGUCACUGUCACAUAUUGCCAAGGCUUCUGGUGGACAUUUGCACAAAGAUAGACAACAUGUUUUUGUAAGAUAGGGAUACACAUUGAAGGAAAACAUUCAGAUGAUGUGCUACUUAUCAGGAGGUUUGGGACAUAAAGAACUGUAUUUCUUUGUUUGUUUUUAAUAGUGCAAAAUGAAUAUUGUGCUUUUGUAUGAUACAUGCCAGUGGAAGCAUGUGAAACAACAGGAGGCCAAGGGUGGAGCCUUGGGUAACACCACGGGUCUGAGAGCAAUGAAGGCAUCAAAGAGAGCCACAGGGAAUGUUUGAUGAAUAACAUUUUAGGGGCAGCAUCUCUGUUGCCACUUUUAAAGGAGAUCCAAUGAGGUAGAAUUAUCAGUCUAGGGGUAUCGUUUCAAAUGUGGCUCUUUGGUGUUCGUAGCAUUGUCACAUCUCUGUUUUUCUUUCUUUGUGCUGUGUUUCCUGUUCCUGGAUUGAGCAACUGGACAGGAAGAGUUCUGACAUGAUUUGUUGAACUAAAGCGAAUAGGAGGAGGGAAGACAAGGAGCCAAGGUUUCCGAGUCAGUGUGACAUCUGGCGCUAUUUAUAGGACAGAUCUCAGAGAAUCUGGAGAAGAAACACCCAGCUGCUUCACAUGGGAGGAGAGGAGAGUACAACUCCUCUCUGUGUUCACACUGACCACUCAUACUGGACACUUUAGCUGGUAGCAAAUCAGUAAACUGGAUUUUGGAGUUACUGAUUGAGUUAAAACUGGGAAACAGAUGGCUGUGUGAUCUGUGAAACACGUUCAUAAAGUAGGUGUUUGAUAUGGCACUGUUAAAUCCAUUGAAAAUCUCCGAACUGUACAAUAAGUAUCUGUAAUAACUCUUAGAAAUAAAGUGUUUUUGGACAUUUUUA